GUUUACCCUUAUAAAGAGAUUAAUAAAGAUGUUAUUCUUCCCGGGAAGAAGGAAGGGAAGACAGAGAAAAUGGGUUCUUCUCAAUCCGUCUCUGAGAAGUCCAUUCAUGAGUUCGUGGUGAAGGAUGCCAGAGGACAAGACUUGGACCUUAGUAUCUACCGGGGAAAGGUUCUUCUUGUGGUGAAUGUUGCUUCAAAAUGUGGUUACACAGAUUCUAAUUAUACCCAACUCACUGAACUUUACACCAAAUACAAAGAAAAAGGGUUAGAGAUCUUGGCUUUUCCUUGCAAUCAGUUUUUGAAUCAGGAACCUGGAUCCAGCCAAGACGCUCAGGAAUUUGCCUGUACAAGAUUUAAAGCCGAGUAUCCAAUAUUCCAAAAGGUAAAUGUGAACGGCCCUAAUACGGCACCCGUCUAUAAGUUUCUUAAAGCUAGUAAAACUGGAUUCUUGGGGACUAGAAUAAAGUGGAAUUUCACGAAGUUCUUAGUUGACAAAGAAGGCCAUGCCAUCAAACGCUAUGGCACAACCACUACUCCCCUGGCAAUUGAGGCCGACAUCAAGGAAGCACUUGGAGAAGUUUAAGGGGGUGAGCUUGUAAUGUACCUGAACUAAGCUUAGUCUCUUCACAUAGAGACAUUAUUAAGCAAGAUUUAGGUGUAUUUAUAAAUUGAAACUGGUCAUGUAUGGAUUAUUUGACUGACUUCAGCUCGAUCAAAUUAAGCCAGCCGUAUCCCUCCAAUGUAUUAUUUAUCAACAAUGGUGACAAUGGAAGGAUUACGAAAAUUAUAAGGCUUUUGUAGUACGCAAACUCCAUGUUUUAUGUUGGUAUAGUUGAAAGAAGUUUAUGCGAAAGUGACAGUGUAAUAAUAAACAUUUCACUACA